AUGGGUAUCCGUUCUGGUUUUCAGUCACUUGUGAAACAAGUUGCUCCUCAAGUUUUCAACUAUCAUUGUUUGAGACAACGUUACGCUUUGGCUGUAAAAACACUCCCACCAGAUUUGCUAAACACGUUGAGUGAUAUAGUAAAAAUUGUUAAUCAUAUUCGAGGCAGCGCUACUAACUCAAGAUUAUUUAAAGUUUUGUGCGAUGAAGUUGGUGCUACAUUUAACGCACUUUUGUACAACGUUCUAAGUAGGGUCUAUGAAUUACGAGAAGAAAUUGGAUUGUUUUUUGAAAACCAGAGAACACAAAAAGGAAAAGAAUAUUAUGCAAAAAUUAAACACCAUAUAUUUGUUCUAAAAAUAGCGUACCUUGCUGAUUUUUUUACUGAAAUUAAUAAUCUGAAUAUUUCACUGCAAGGAAAUGAAACAAAUAUUUUGAUGCUGCAGGAUAAAAUCGCAAGUUUUUUAUGCAAAUUGGAAUUUUACCAACGCAGAGUUCAAGCUGGUGAUGUGUCGAUGUUUACACGACUAAGUGAACAAUUACUAAAUAAUAAACGAGACAAAAUCACAUUUGAAAAUUCUGUGGUGUAA